AUGUUACCACAGCUAUCAUACGCAGACUGCUUCAGUAUUCUCGGUCUUAGCACCAACGCGACAAACGAACAGAUCAAGGUCGCGUACAAGAGGCUGGCUUUGCAAUGGCACCCCGACCGACACGCGGAGAACAAAGACUACGCCACUGAACGCUUCGUAGAGGUCAGCAAUGCCUAUCGCACAGUUCUGCGCGAAAGGCGCUCCCACUCCCAGGACCUACGAGAAGUACCACAACCGCCUGGUAGUCCCCGCAACUUCCCCAUCCCAACGAGCCUCGGACACGUGUCGACCGGAUACAAUUCAAGCACGGAUUCAUCAUCUACUCAAGACUCUUACCAUUUCCAAGCUAAGGACAUCGGAGGGGACGCGUAUUUCGUUCAUACCCUCCCCUAUCAACACCAACAGGGGACUCCAAGAAAGUCUGAACGAUAUGAUCCUGCUCCGACUCCCAUUCCACGGAAAGCAACCUUACCCAUGAGGCGCGAGAAUCUAGUCGCCGGAGAAACGCCGAACAGGGAUGGGAACGAACCACAACAUCGCCGAAGCGGAGGACCGCCACACCCUUGUGCGCUGAUGCAACCCACGAACAAACAUUCAUUCACCCCAGCGACAUUCCCUCCGAAUGGAUAUUCUACCUCCACCUUAGCCUCGAAGAGCUUUUCAAAGGGAAAGCUUGUCGGUUCCAACUUUCUCGCACCCUCCGAUCAGGUCGACAAAAAGAGGCGGUUGUCGACUUCCGGAUACCACCAGGCUGCCACCACGGUACACGGUUUGUCUGCCGAGGUGUCGGUCAUGAACGGGUUGAUGGUUCAACCCAAGAUGUCGUAUUCAUAG